AUGAUGGAGACACAAAGGCCAGGUGACCCGUCGGGCCCCUCAGUGGUGGCGGAGGCCCCUGAGGGCCCCGGUGAGGUAAAACGCAGCAGCUCUGGUGUGAAGAAACAUCAUCACAAACACAACCUAAAGCAUCGAUACGAGCUGCUGGAGACCCUGGGGAGAGGAACGUACGGCAAAGUCAAGAAGGCCAUCGAGCGCCAUUCUGGAAGAGAGGUUGCCAUCAAGUCUAUCAAGAAGGAAAAGAUUAAAGAUGAACAGGACAUGGUUCACAUUCGACGAGAAAUCGAGAUCAUGUCGUCUCUUCGCCACCCACAUAUCAUCUCUAUAUAUGAAGUGUUUGAAAAUAAGGACAAGAUAGUGAUCGUCAUGGAAUACGCCAGUAAAGGCGAACUCUAUGACUACAUCAGCGAACGCAGACGCCUGACUGAGAGAGAGACCCGACACUUCUUCAGGCAGAUUGUAUCUGCUGUGCACUACUGCCACAAGAAUGGUGUUGUUCAUCGGGACCUGAAACUGGAAAAUGUGCUACUGGAUGAAAACGGUAACAUAAAGAUUGCUGAUUUUGGGUUGUCCAACCUGUAUCAUAAAGACAAGCUCCUCCAGACCUUCUGUGGUAGUCCACUGUACGCGUCCCCAGAGAUCGUCAAUGGCAGACCAUACCAUGGUCCAGAGGUGGACAGCUGGGCUCUUGGGGUGUUGCUGUAUACGCUGGUCUAUGGCAGUAUGCCGUUUGAUGGAGGGGACCACAAAAAUCUUAUUCGGCAAAUCAGCAAUGGAGAGUAUCGAGAACCAUCCCAGUCAUCAGAUGCCCGUGGUCUGAUCCGUUGGAUGCUGAUGGUCAACCCUGAGCGGCGGGCCACGGUUGAAGACAUCGCCAAUCACUGGUGGGUGAACUGGGGAUGGAAGACCAGUGUGUGUGACUGUGAAUCGCAAAGGGAUGCUGGCUCGCCCAUGCUGGCUCGUCUCAUUGACUGGCAGAACCGGACUGAGCCACGACCCACUAAACCCAUCCGGUCCGAACCAUUCCUGCUUGUCCGUCAACGACCCAAAAAGUCCAAGAAAGAGAAUGAUGUUGGAGUGUCCCACUGUAAUGGAGAGGACAACCUGGGCCUCAAGAGACCAAAGGGCAUCCUGAAGACAAGAACCUCUGAAGAGCAACGCUCACCAAGUCUGGAGGAGAUAGAGUCCCCAGAAACCCCAGAGAAGGAAUCUGGGCCUGAGGGUGAAGAGGACGAAGAGGAGCAGAGGCUAACAGGCGACUCUCCUACCAAGACGAUUUCCAUCCUUCCUAAGAAGGGAAUCCUAAAGAACAACCAACAACGGGAAUCAGGGUACUAUUCUUCCCCAGAGCGCAGUGAGUCCUCUGACCUGCUAGGUGGCAACAUUACACCUCUCGCCGCCAGCUCACCACCAAAGCGAGCGGUUGGUAGAAAAGGCAUCUUGAAACGCAACGGGAAGUAUUCUACGUAUAGCGGCGCUCCUCCUAUGAGUGUCCUUGGGGAACCAGCACCUGGCGAUUCAGGUUUAUCCCGCAGUCAGAGUCGCCCAUCCAGCAUUGUAAGGGAGGAUAGCGACACCAUCACCAACAGUUCCUUCAGCAUGGCGGACUGGCCCCAACCCAGAACCCGCCCCAACAUCAGAGGCUGUGUGUCUGCGGAAAACCUUCUUCAGCUGGCCAACUUUAAGGGUCUCCAGGCAGCUCCUCCCCUACAUAGUGGUAAAUUCAGUCGAGGAACACAGGGCUCUCCAGGGGAUAACAGCAGCUUCUCUCUCUUAGGAGAUCUUGAUGAUAUGACUCAGGUGUACCAACAAGCCCUGGACAUCAGCAACAACUUGUCAUAGGGAAAGGGGCCUAGAAAGAAUGGAGGAGGAACAAGUGGAAGGUGUUUGUUUGGCAUGUUGUUGACGACCAGUGCAAAACUGGGAUUCUAUGAAUGUGAGUCCCUUUUCAAUGGGAUGAUAUUGGAGGUUGUGUACAACCAAACCUUAAACCUAACUCCCAACCCUUAACCCUAAUCAUACCCUAUCUUAUACCCUAUUUUAUUAUACAUAUUCAAAAUUUGUAUCAAAUACAACUUGGGGAACUGCAGCCUUGGGGGAUUUAAGGUUUUGAAGUAAGUAAAACGUUAAGUUGGUACUCCGUGACAUUAUCCCCCUACAGGCAAGAAAUGAAACUAAAUGUUUACAUAUUAAGUAAAAGGUGAGUUAGCAUCAUAAUAAGGCAUCAUGUAACAGCAGCCUUGAUGAAACAAAAAUAAGAGCCAGUCGGAGUUUAUCAAGCACCUUAAAACUCUCACAGAGCACAUGUCGUUUGUGGUCUUUACUUCCAAAAAAAAAAAAAAAGAAACCAGGGUCUUGCUCCAAAUGAACUGUUGUUGUGUAUUAUUUAUUAAUAUUUUUGGUAGAUUUAGUGAUAUAAAACUGGUGUGGUCUAGCAGAACUGGAAGAAUAAGAAAACUCAAAUUUCUCUUUGUCCUUGAUUGGAACUGACAUAUAUAAUUAUUUUUCUUUCUUGGUAUGUCAUUUAAACUGCAUAUGUAACGAUCAAAAUCAUAUUGAUCAAAUGAGUAGAAUCAUAUCUAUGGACUUAUAGAAGUGCCUUUUUGUUUGUUUGGUUUAUUUAAUUCAAAUUAAAUUAUGAAUGUCAUUUCCUUAAGGUGGAGAGAAAUGCCAGAGGAAGCUGUGAUCAAAACAGCGUUUUAUUAAUUUGUAUUAUUUUAUUUUAUUUUUAAGUUUGUAUUGAAUGCUUAGAAGAGCCCCAGGACCUCUGAACACAAAGCCUACCCUACAAAACUACCUGACUGCAAGGUUAAAUUUGCCCCACAACUAACGAGACUGGUGCUUUGCAGGUCAUUAUUCAAGAAGAGGAAGAAGUCUGAGAUCACCUUGAGAUUGGUGGUUUCUGAUUGAGUCCUGACAGGAACAUGUGUGCAUGGAGCGUGUGUUUCUCUGGAAUGAUACUCUUGUGGUUUCUUGAUUGGGUUAGGUGACUGUUUGGGGUUUCUGGACAACUUCACCAUAACAAGGUUUAACACAAGGUAGAAUUGUCAGACACAAGCUCAGCUCUAAAGAAUGUUUCAGGAGAAGACAAGCUUGUUUGACUAUUUCCAAAGGUUUUUGACUGUAGGAACAUUGUCUCUCCCAGUCUUUAUCUGUUGAUACUUAGGGAUCAUAAUUGCUCAGCUCUAAGAAUAACGGAUUAUUGGUUCUCUGUUGAACUUUGAUAGCCCAAAUCACUCGCGUUAGGGUUAAAAAAACAAGGAGAACGAUUAGUUUCAAAGCUGUGAUGAGGCAGCAAAUUCCAAAGGCUCUUUAGAGGCAUGUUUGGACUUGAGAGCUUCCCUGUGUUGUAGGUUUAAUGGGACAGAAGGAUUAUUGUUUCAGAAUCUUUAGUCCUUUGUUUGUUGUCUACCUGCAGAACGUGAGACGAAUCAUUUUAGUUCUAAGGCUGUUGUCUAAAUGUUUUUAGAAGGUAAGUGUGAAGUAGCUGUAGAGAAAAAGGAGAAAGUGUGUUCAUGAAAGCUUUUAUGGAUGGAGGACACUUUUCCAGUAAGAGGGACACAUAGAAUUAUUCACUGGAAAGUACGAUGUAGCUUUGUAUUUUGCUGCAUGUGAAGAGAAAGACUAGUGCAAGUGUAGAAACGUAAGAUGAAGAAAGUAGAUGAAAGGAUAAGGGACGUAUUUUGUACCAAAGAAGGUGUUUAUGGGUAGAAAUGUCAGACAUUACAAGAGUAAAGAGAUGCUAUCAGCAUGAAUGGAAAAAUACAUUUCGCAACUGAAAAAUAAUGGGAGGCAUUUUGUUCCAAUGAGGUUCUGGGUAGAUAUUGUAGACACACCUAAUGUGUAUCUUAUCGUACUGCAUUUCUGUAUUGCAUCGUAUUGUCAACUGGAUUCAGUGAUCAAAUUAUACUAUGUUAGUAUUUUUAUGUUAUUGCGCUUCUGUUUUUGAUUCUCCAAAAUAUCAUUAUUAUUGAUUUACCUUACAGAAGGACGUUGUGCGUAUAAUCAACGAUCUCUCCUGGUCUCUACAGGUUUUCAGUGCAAACAUGCAGUGCUUAUGCUAAUGAAAAGACAGUUUUAUCAGGGUCAUUUGAUGUGUUAGAAAUCCCAAAAGCCGCCUCGCUGAUCUGACCCAAUAUUUGGUGUCAAGAUAUUCACUAUCAACCUUAUUUGUCUUAAUACUUUAGGACAAAGUUGAGCAUACACUCAAAUGUGCCAUUGCUAACCAUAGUGCCAUCAUAACUGAGAUUAUAAGAGAGGCGGCCAUUGCAAAUCAAAUGCAAACAUGCUUUCAGCCAAACUGGAAAUACCUGGUGCAUUUUAGUCAAAAGUCAGCAUAGAGGAAAACUUGACUGGAUAUUAGUAUUAUGUUAUUUAUGCAUUAUUUUAUUAUGGUUAAUUACUUUUGUUGGUCAAUGCCAUAAUCUUUUUUGGGGGUUUGGUAUCAGUUUGAAAAACCUGGACUGCCAAGGUAUUUUUUUUUUUUUUGUUCAGUGCCUUUGCUAUCUUUUAUGAUUUUUGUUUAAUUUUUUGAUAAUAAAAUUAUUACAAUUGCAUUUUUAUACUAGGAUAUUUAUUGGUGGUGAAGCCAUUUAAUUUCAUUUAAAAGCACUCAUACAAAGUGUGCAUGUGUGAGUGUAUGUUUAGACGCAAACAAACACUAAAAGACAACUGGAAGAGCAAAAUAAAAGAAAGAUGGUGCAUUGUGGUUGUGUUGUAAAGCUUUGGUUGUGUAUUCAGCUGCUUUGGUUGUUGUUUGGUGGAGAUAUCUCACUAACCAGCAGUGUUUUGUACCACAGAACCAAAUCGAUGUAAAACCAACUCAAUAAACGGAUCAUUUCAAAGGA